AUGACGUCCAUGGCCAACGGGGUGGUCAAGCUGGGGGAGCUGCCGGCGCUGGAGGACGUGCCCCCGAGCGAGCGCAUGCGGCUGUUCCGCCAGAAGCUCAAGCUCUGCUGCGCGCUCUACGACUUCAGCGACAUGCGCAAGCAGGUGCGCGAGAAGGAGGCCAAGCGCAACGCGCUGCUGCAGAUCGUCGAGUACAUCUCGGCCGGGAAGGUGGCCUGGGACCCCUCGGUGGUGGCCGACCUGCUCGAGUGCGUGGGCGCCAACAUCUUCCGCCACUUGGGGCGCAGCUCCAACCCCACGACGGUCAACGCCAACGGGAACGUCGAAGCCGCGCCGGAGGAUGACGAGCCGAUGCUGGAGCCCUCGUGGCCGCACAUGCAGUUGGUGUACGAGAUCCUGCUGCGCUUCGUGCUGUCGAAGGAGGUGGACUCGAGGACGGCCAAGGAGUACUUCAGCAAGAAGUUCAUGAUUAAGCUGCUGAAUCUGUUCGACUCGGAGGACCCCAGGGAGAGGGACUACCUGAAGACGAUUCUGCACCGCAUUUACGGCAAGUCGAUGGCGCUGCGUUCCUUCAUCCGCCGCUCCAUGAACGACAUGUUCUACACGUUUGUGUACGAAACGGAAUCACUUCAAGGCGUGGGCGAGCUGUUGGAAAUCUUGGGAAGUAUUAUCAAUGGUUUUGCACUACCGCUCAAGCCGGAGCACCAACACUUCCUGGAGCGCGCGCUGAUCCCGCUUCACACGGCAGGAAAUCUAGCCAUGUUUCACCAGCAACUGGCUUACUGCACCACGCAGUUCGUGGAGAAGGACCCUCAGACCGCGGAGCCGAUCAUUAGGGGGCUGCUCAAGUACUGGCCGGUUACUGCUAGCGCCAAAGAGAUCCUGUUCCUGAAUGAGCUCGAGGAGAUCAUCGAAAUGAUCCAGAUGGAGCAGUUCGCGGCAGUAAUGCGGCCGCUCUUCCUGCGGAUAUCGCAGGCUGUGUGCAGCAGCCACUUCCAGGUCUCUCAGCGCGCCUUAUAUUUAUGGAAUAACGAGGCUCUGGUGCGGCUCGUGAGUGCACGGCGGGCCGAGAUCCUGCCGCUGAUCUUCGGCGCGCUGUACCGCAACUGCGAGAACCACUGGCACAGCACCGUGCAGACGUUGACGUACAACGUGCUCAAGCUCUUCAUGGAAAUGGACUCGCAGCUCUUCGACCAGUGCUCAGCGCAGUUCGAGGAGCGCGAAGGAAGAGCGCAGCAGACGACGGAGCAGCGCCAGUUCAAGUGGGCAGCCUUAGAACACCGCUUGCAGGCGCAGGGACCAAUGUGACAGAAGCGCACGAAGUCCGUUGCUGCCGCCACCGAACGAUGACAACUACAAAUAACGCGAUACAGCCACGCCAUCACAUCACACCCGACUGCGGAGGGCGGCGGCGCGAGCAGUGCGGCGAGUCAGGCGUCUGUCCGAUCUGCAAACGGUUGGUAUAUUCAUUUUAUCGGCUCGAGUAGAUAGGCAGGCAUGACGGACGCGCCAGUGCAAGCCGCUCGCUCUCGCCCCAUCGCCCGCCGCUUUUGUCUUGUGCGCGCGCCGCGUUUUGCAUGUUUCUCUAUCUCUUGCCUUUUUUGCAUUGCGCUUCGAGGUGCCCACAUAACGUAUCAACGCCUCGACCCGC